AUUUUAUCAAAUAUGCAAACAAGAGAAAAAUUAGGAGCCUAAGCAAAAAAAAUGCUAAAAAUACUCUCAGAUUUCAAAGGUUAGAUUAUAGAUGGUUAUAAAGUAUGUUGAUAUAAUAAUCAGGUGAUCCUUACAUGUAGAGAUUUAGUGCUGCCUGACAUUAAAAAAUUAAUUGAACUUCUAUUUAUUUUUGAAGGUUUAGGAUUUAUUACAAGGAUAUCUAAAAAGCGUUUUAUAUAUUCAGGUUUGAAAGGAAUGACAGCUAGAAUUUUAGAAGGAGUAGAAUUUGCAUUAACUAGAACUUUAUAUGAUAGAGAACAUUGGCUUUUUUCAGAGGAUUAUAUAAUUGAAAAUAAAAAAUAUUCAAUAAGAUAAAGUGUCUACUUUGGAUUAUUUUAUUAAGAAAUCAUUACCUAAAUUUUUAGCAAUCAAGGUUUAAUAUUAUUUAUAAAUUAGGCCGAAUGAUUGCUAGAGAUACAAUUGAAAAAUUAGUUGAAUAAUUACAAUUAACUGCUAAAGAGUAAAGUAGUGCUUUAAUUAUUAAUGAAAUGGCUAGUAUAAUGACAAGUUUAAAUCUUUUAGAUAAGUAUGAAUAAAUAUUACCAUAUUUAGGAGAAGUCCAGCUGAUUCUUAUGAAACAUAUCUUUGGAUUGGACCAGAUAUUCUACAUUAGUUAAUGAUUGAACAAUUAAAUCCAUAUUCACUUCAAGUAUUAAAUAGCAACUAAUAAGUUAAAAGAAUAAUUAUAAAGUAAAGUUAAGUUGAAUUUCGAAAAGGAAUCCACUUAUAUUUCUAAUUUAUUUAGAGAUUUAGUAGAAUUUUAAGUACAGGAUAAUGAAAUAAAAAUGCCUUUAGUAAACUUUCCAACAGCAGCGUAUGCAUUAUUAAAAGGAAAACACAUAACUUACUAUAUAAAAAAACUAGCUAUAAUAAUAGGCAGAGCUAAUCAAACGAAAAAUAGCAAAUAUUUUUGGGAAGUAGAUCUAGCUUUAGAUUUAGGAUAAAAGAUUUCUAAAUAGCAUGCUGUCAUUUCUUAUAAUAUAGAAAAAGAAUAGUAAUAUAUUAACCAUUGCAUUUAGUUUUGAAAUAAAAUGUUUAAGCACCAAAAAGCCAAUAGAUGUUGAUUCUGUAACUAUAACUUCAAAAGAUAAUCCUGUUAUUCUGAAACAUCGAUCAUCUAUUUAAAUUGGGAAAUUUAUCCUCAUGUUCUAUCUACCGAAAUUUUCGUCUGAGAAUCAAAAUUAAGAAAUCACAGAAUAAAAUAUGGUUAUAGAAUGA